UUGUCAUUACAACUCACUUUCCGACUGGAAUCUGUCAAAUGUCGUGUUUGAAAGUGUCAGAAAACAUUUGAGUGAGCGACUAAAAUAAUGGAUUACAAAAAAUCCCCUACAAUUUGAUUAAUCUUGAAAUCUAUUGGACGUGUAAGAGAAUAUAGACUAAAGUGUUUCAUGAGUUACUGGCUGUGUAGUGUUUUAGUUGACUUUUCAGUUCCAGUAUGGAGAUCUCCGGCUCUGGAAAAUCUCCUAACACCUCCCUAUCCUUUAGAUAUAAUGCCAAUAAUGAGGAGUUAGAAGAGUUGUACAAUGUGUGUGAAGAUGAUCCCCCCACGCCGCAGUGUGAUGUGCCUCAGAGUGCACAGGGUGAAAAUGCGAGUCCUAAAAGGGGUGAUAAAACUUCCUCUAUAAUUGACAAGUAUUUUAAGUCUAUCCGUGACAAACCGAUUGAAAAAGAGAAGUUGAUUGAGAAGCCUGUUGAAAAAGCUGAGGAUGCCAAACCAGUGGAAAGUAAGCAAGCAGAGGAAGGAGUUACUGCUAUUCCACCUAAGGAAGUGUCCUCCUCACCCAUGAAGGAGUAUUUCAACCGUUUAGGCAAGAGGAGCUCAUCAGAAGUAGAAGUCAAGGAGAGCAAUGAAACAUGGAAAAUAUUUCAUGACUUCAAAUUCAAAAUAGCUCAAGCUGUUGAGGAUAUGAAGACAAGAUCUCUAGAAGAAACAAAAGAGAAAUCAGUGCCAAGAGAAAAUUCAACAUCAGAUUCUGAGGAAAAUUCAGCUGUAAAGGAUUCAGAUCAACAGAGUGUUGGAGAUACUGACAAUCAGGUAUCAUCAUUAGAUAGCAGCAUUCAAAAUCUGUCAGAAUUAACACAACCACUGACAGCGAAAGCAACUGAAAAGGAGUUCAUCUAUCCUGCAGAGAGCAAGAACCAUUCGGAUUCCAGCGAUGACACACAUAAAAAUAUUGGUAACAGCGACUCCGCUGACGUGUCACGGGAUAUCCUCAAUGACAGCAACAUGAUGGAAGUAGAAUCUGGCGUAGAAGCCUUGGAAGAUACUUUGGAUGGCUUCGGCUAUGUGCCCAACCCUGAAACCAACCCAAGGGACAAUGCCCAGGACAAUAUCCCCCCUACCCCUCCACCCCUCUUGCCUAGCAAUUUCGGAAUGCCUCCUAGCAAAAGCAACUUACACAAAGCUCCAUCAUCAGAUAAACCUAGGGUUUAUUUCUUCACCUUCACCAUGUACUUCCUAACGUUUCUCCUUUUCAUCAACUAUGUCUUGUUCCCAAACGCGAGUAUUUGGAACGGCUUUAUAUUGGGCAUCUGGUUCUACUGUUUGGCAAACGAAACAAAGAGUUGGGUGCUAGACAACUAUUUCAGUGAUACUGAGCCGACUAAAGUAGCUUUUCUGCAGCUGAAACGAAGCAGUGCCAUGCCUCCAUCGUACACAAUUCCUUCUGUGAAAGAGCAUAGGCCUUUAAAAAAGUAUGAGGGCUGGAUAAACCAUUAUAGAUUUCCAGAAUAUGAUCCUUACACCUACCAUAUUAAUCAAACAACGACUGCUUUCAUGAAACUUGAAGGUUGUAACUUGAGGAUAUCAUAUACCAGGACAAAGAUUGCAAAGAGAGCUUUAUGGGACGAGAAAAUCGAGAACGUAGUUUUUUACCAGCACAGAUUAUACAACUUGACGGGAGCUCGGAUUCUAUUGCUGCCCAAAGGGCUCGUGAAGAGAAGGCAAUGGAGCAAAAAAUAUCCCAUCUGCAUCGUACUGAACGAAAAAGAGAAAAUACAAGUUUUGGAAAAGGAAAACGUGGAAGCGGAAAGGAAGACAGCGGAGGCUACGAAUAGAAAGAGUAAGGAACAGCCAGAAGUAGAGAGUACAGAGACAAAUACCAGCCCGGAGAAGAAACGCAAGUUCGUGUGGCGGAGACGGGAGAAGAGCAUUUCCCACUCCGACGGAGAAACAGGUAAAGAAGGUCUUCGACACAGGCUUGUUAGAAAAAUGCAUAGAGACAAAAAGGCCGACAGCACAACAACAUGCACAGAGACCGCCGAAUCUCAGUCCGAGAAGAAUGUACUCGAAGAGAGCUUGUUCCACGAUGCUGAAAUGGACCUGGCCACUAAAUCGGUCACCAGCACCAAGGAUGAUGAUGAAGAAAUCGAUGACAAUGAGCUGUCAAAGAUCAAGGAGUUCCUGGAGGAAGCCGAGCAAGAAACCGGAGCAGACGGCGCGGUGGAAGGAGAAUGGAGCGUGCACGUCAAACGCACCACGGACAGGCAUUCCCACCUGUACUUAUUCGCUAGGACGGGACGCGAUAAGCACGAGUGGUAUCGCCGCCUAAACACCGCUGUGUCAGAAGCCAACGCAGGGUCCCCGGAUUCUUCAGCAGCCGAAGAGAAGACCAACAGCGACCCGGCUGCGGAAAACAAGGAAGGCAUUGAGAUGGCAGUUUACAAACUCGCUGAGAAGGAGACUGUUGCUUUCGCCAAAACGUUGACCAUCAGUUUGGUCCUCAAGGGGAGCCGCGAGCCGAACGGAGAGUAUGGCAGAAGAGAACACAUGCGCUGCGGGUCAGAGAUUUUGAUAUCUAAUGCUUGGAAAGAGAUAGCUAUAGAGCUAAAAGAUUGA